AAACGCUACGCCAAACGAGUUUGACAAUCUUGGGAUUGUUUGGGAAAGCAACUAAAAAUAAAAACUUAAUAUUUACGUGUUAAUAAUGUUUUAACUGUUAUUAAUUAAUUAAUAUACAAACUAAGUGAUAAUUAUUGAUCUAGAGUAAGUAGUUAAAUGUACAAUGAGUAAUAUUUAUAUACAAGAACCGCCUGCGUUGGGUAAGGUGCUAUUAAAAACAUCAGCUGGAGAGAUAGACAUAGAAUUAUGGACAAAGGAGGCUCCGAAAGCAUGCCGCAACUUCAUACAACUGUGUAUGGAAGGGUACUACAAUGGAACAAUAUUCCACAGAGUUGUGCCAGGGUUUAUUGUGCAGGGAGGUGACCCAAACGGUGAUGGUACCGGUGGAGAGUCCAUCUAUGGGUCCACUUUUAAGGACGAGUUUCAUUCUCGGUUACGUUUCAACCGGCGCGGUCUGGUCGCGUGCGCAAACGCCGGUAAAGAUGACAAUGGAUCACAGUUCUUUAUAACACUCGCUGCUACACCGGAGCUACAGAACAAGCAUACUAUAUUUGGGAAGGUUACAGGAGAAACAAUAUACAACGUCCUAAAACUCUCCGAGGGUCUUAUAGGCCCCGACGACCGUCCUGAACAUCCUCACAAGAUCACGAGCACUACAGUGUUGAUCAACCCCUUCACUGAUAUAGAACCCAGGGUACAAGCGACCAUCGAGGAAGAAAAGCCGAAGAAGAAAAAGAAGGAGCGCGUUGGGGUUAAAAACUUCGGUCUCCUCUCUUUUGGUGAAGAGGCAGAGGAAGACGAAGGCGAGGCUCAGGAGUACCGCGGCAAGCCCAAGUCUACGCACGACCUUCUAGAAGAUCCUAAACUCAGCAAAAUGACGGCAGCAGAAUUAGAACUAGAUCAAGAUGUACCAAUCGCAGAACCACAGGAACAAGACGAGGAGAGAGACAAAGAGACCGCAGCAGCUGUCACUAAUAUAAGAGACAAACUCAAGUCCAAGAGAGAGCGGAGUCCAGAAGGAGACAGCAAGAGGCAGAAGAUAGAAAGUGCGAGCGAAGAAGAAGAAGAGUAUUAUAUUGGGAAGGAUAGAGAUGAUGCUAUUAAGAAGGAAAAAACACGAAUCCAAAACGAAAUAAAACAGCUCAGGAAAGAGAUGAAAGAUAGCAAAAAUGAGAAAGAGAAGAUCAAAGAACAGAGUGAACAAGAAGAGAAAGCAGAAGUUAAGAAGACGGAAGAAGAUAAUGAGAUGUACAAGAAGUAUGUUGAGGAACAAGAGAAAUAUAGGAAGAUGAAAGAAAAACUACCUAAGAAGGGAGCUGCUAGGCGAUCGAAAUCAACGAGAAGACCAACUCAGCGAAAACCAUGGGUUAAGAACUUAUACGAAAACCGAGAGUACCCAGAUAACUAUACCGACGAAAAAUUCCUUCAAGAAUUAAGAAAAAACUUGAACGUUGAAAAAGUGACUUUAAGACAAGCUGUCCAAGGCUCAUUUCGCGUCGUACUAAGACUCUGUAUAUGUAUAUUAUACGCUGUUAUUUACGUAUAUAUGUAUAAUAACUGGAUUAAAACGAAUACUGUGAUAUAUAGUUCGGUUAUCAUAACUGUACUUAGUUAUAUGUUAUAUAUCUCUUUUGAGGGUAGUGCAGUAUUGCGGCAUUUAAAAACUGUAUUAGUAUAUAUUUUGAUUGGAUAUUUACUAUCACCUGUACUUCAUACUUUGACAGAUACGGUAAGUACAGACACUAUAUAUGCUUGGGCGGUCAUAAUGUUGUGUAUACAUUUAAUAUUUUUCGAUUAUAACGUACCUGCAGCGAUAGUUUCAAAGUCUUUGUCUAUCAACGCAGCGAUAUUUGCGUCAGUCUGUUUAGUUUCCCGCCUAUCAACGCCUUUUGAUGCUUUCGUACUAUUAACAAUAUCCGUACAAUUCUUUGUGUUAAGCCCACAGUUAUUUAAAACCUGCUUACACACGAAAUUGUUUAACGUGUUAUUUUUUUUCACUUUAUUUUUGACUGUGGCAACUUUGUAUAGUGUGUCGCGUACUUUGUUGUAUUAUUUUUUGUUCGUUGUGUUUGUUUUGAGUGGGUAUUGUCCUUUCAUGUUUGUCUAUUGGCAGAAGUACAAGGAUAAUAAGUAUGGGCCGUGGGACGAGGCUGUUAUUAAUGAUUCUGAUGACCUGGAUGAGUGUUUGCAUGUUAAAUGAAAUAUGCAUAAGUUAGGUUAUGUUUUAAAUAUAUAGCACAUGACCUCAGCCUCGUGGCUAAGGUAUAACUGCAGAAGGUGAUCAAUGACAGGUCUGACUACGCUUUACACGGCUGGUCCGUCGAUGGGUGACCAUCUAUGUCAUAACGAGUUUCGGAAGGCACGUUAAACUGUGGGUCCCGGCUGUUAUUCAUACAUCUUAGACAGUCGACAGAUUUUAGUUUGGAAGUUGGAAAUCUGACAACCAGUCUGACUAAGGGGUAUCGUGUUGCCCAGGUGACUGGGUUGAGGAGGUCAUAUAGGCUUGUA